GGCCCCGACGGCCCUGGCGGGUCGCCAUGGUCGGCGAGCAGCCAGCAGGUGGCGCGCGGCGGAGGCGGCGGCGGGAGCUGUACACUGGGCGUCGCUCCGCGAGCAGCUCCAUUCGGGAGGGCACGGUCGAAGCGAAGCAGACCAGGGCAGACGACAGCGACAGAGCGAGUGGAGCCUCGGGAGGGGGGGAGCGCGUGGGCAGCACGGGCGCCGUGCCGGAGCCUACGCGGCGGCGCUCCUGCUCGGACCGGGGGCGGCUGCCAACGAGAGGAACAGCCGGAUGUGGCCCAAGCAGGUGUUGAAGUUCGCGAGCGAGACCCGCCAAUUGAAGAAAGCUGCUCGCCGGCAUCGAGCCAGCCCGUGCGCGCAUCAUCGGACGAGGCUCGACAGGAGGAGGAGGAGGAGGAGGAGGAGAGAAGAAGAGGGGAAGGAGGCGGCGGUGGCGGCGGAGGAGGAUGUCCCCGCGCGCGUCGCGCAGCGCGCGAGCGGGGAAGCAAAAUACCAGGCUCUCUGCUACUGCACAGAGGCAUCCUCGCGAGGCGCCCUGGACCCACGCCAGGAUGCAAAACACCCUCGUGAACCUGAUCUUUCGGCGGCGGCCAUGCCGCAAGGCGUCUCCGAAAGUGGCCCUCCUCGGGGAAGGGUACCACGGUGCAGCUGUUCCCGCACUUCCGCAUCUCGG